AGGGGGCCGAGAAGAGAGAGGGGAACAAAGCGCAUGCCCAGUAGCGCCCGUGCCUCGGGUUAGAGCGACUGAACUCCCGGCGCAGCGCUGGAUCUCCGGCCCUCGCGGCGUGCGAACCCCCGGCUUCCGGUGGUCCCGCGAGGUCGUAGUUUUCUCCGUUUCCCGGUGGCCACUAGCAGGGCUCCGCGGGGCCGCUAUGGAAAAGCUGCGGCGGGUGCUGAGCGGCCAGGACGACGAAGAACAAGGGUUGACCUCACAGGUCCUGGAUGCCUCAACACUUUCUUGGAAUACUAGAUUGAAGUGGUUUGCCAUAUGCUUCAUAUGUGGCAUUUUAUGUUCUUUUAUUGGAACCGCAUUGCUAUGGCUUCCAGGAGGGGUGAAACUUUUUGCAGUUUUAUAUACUUUUGGAAAUAUUUCUGCAUUAGCCAGUACUUGCUUCUUAAUGGGACCUGUGAAACAACUGAAAAAAAUGUUUGAAUCAACAAGAUUGCUUGCUACAGUUAUCAUGUUGAUUUGUUUGGUUUUAACUCUGUGUGCUGCUCUUUGGUGGCAUAAAAAAGGAUUGGCUCUGCUGUUCUGCAUAUUGCAAUUUUUGGCAAUGAGUUGGUAUAGUUUAUCAUAUAUUCCAUAUGCCAGGGAUGCAGUGAAGAAAUGCUGUUCCUCUCUGAUAAGUUAAAAUAAAGAAACUUUUUGAAGAGGAAAUUUUUAUAUUGAUGCUCAAUUUUCUUGGUGAUGCAUACUUCAAAAUUAAUUUUCACUCCAAAACCGUUGCGAUAAUUUAACAUUUUUUUUGUAUACUGAGUAAAACCUUUUAUGUUUAAUCUGUUAAAUAUUUUUGUCUUAAAUUCACAAUGUGCCAUUAUUGUGGUUUCCCAAAGAACAGGAAAUUUUAAUCAUAUAAUUUAGAUUAUUUUAUAAAUUGCUUAUAUAGCUUCUUUUAGACUGCUUUGAGAUUUGUACUUGUGUGGAGAGAGCUUAUAAAUCUACAGCAAGGUAUAUACAAUUUUCUGGCCCUUUAUAAUUUUUCUAAGACAUCAUUGUUUUUUACCUGAAAUGUGAAGUAGUUUUUCUUCAGAUUGAGUUGCAUAUUAUGUAUAGCAAACAAAUUAAUAUAUGGAUCAUAAUUUUGAAA